CUCCGAGUUCCUUCUUUGUCAGCCUGGUGCCCUGAUGACUAUCCGCUCGGCCAAUCAGGAUGGGGACACGCCCCUUCAGCUGGCCCAACAGACCAAUCAACAUGAUCUGAUAAAACUCUUCAAGAACCCUCCAAAUCCAUUAGCCACGCCCCUGGCGGGUGUGUCACAUGUGUGGGCGGGUAAAUCCCACCUCCUCAGGUUUAGCCACGCCUCUGGGAUGCUGUCUCUGUCUGUGUGUGUAUCCGAGUCCUCUUGUACUACACAAACCUUACAGUCAUCCAUAUUAAUGCUGCGAGAUUGCGUGAGGGACUCUGCGCUACUAAACAAGAUCAAAGGUCUGAAAGCGGAUACAGAGAGAAGAGCUGAAAGCAACACUCUGUUUUCAUACUCGGGAUCACCAUAUUCUCUGCUUCACAAUGUGUGGCUUAACAACACCAGUCAGGAUGAAGAUGAGGAACUCAUAUCAUCUGACGACUCUGAUGGACUCACAACUCAUACUGAUUCAACAACCAGUUCGCUCACUGACUCCAGCGUUACCAUUACAAACAGCAUCAACACCCUGCAGGCCGGUGAGGAUCAGACAAUUUAUCCUCAAGACUCAAUUGACUCAUUUGAAUCAGACUCUACAGCAUCUGAACAAGACUCUCCAAUCCAAGACAGUUUACCCAUCUGUAGUCCACAGGACGAGCAGUUUCCCAUCAAUGAUGAAGAAACAUCCACAGAGAUCAGAAGUAUGUGGUAUAGCAAAUCAGAGAAAGAAGAAGAGAAAGAGAAAAUCAUCCCUACAUCCAAAAGUGAGACAGAGAAAUAUAAAGUGAGUCGAACACUAAGCUUCCUCCGGAGCCAGAUGGUCAACACCAAAAUAAAAAGCAAGGUAAACGCAGAGGUUUCCUCAGCCUUGCACCAACUCUGCCCUCCGAAGCAGCCUGUUAAAGCAGCUUGUGAAGUCUGCGAGGGAGCUGACAGUGACGAACCACAGCAGUGCACAUACUGCUCCAUGAUCAUUCAUAAGACCUGCUGUGGUUCUGCCCCUCUGUGUUUGAAGAAUCCUAAUCAGGCACUUCUGAAAUGCGCUGACUCUUCAAUAUUACUAUACUCGUCCAGUCACAGUUCUCCAUCUCUGUCUCUGGUCAACAACAACACCGUGUCACACAGAAAGCGGAGUAACAGUGAGGGAUGUGGCCAUGAUUUCGCUCUGCGGAAAAGCAAGUCUUUUAUUGGUCAUUCUUCUGGAAGCCCCACCUCCAAUUCAGAUGAUUCGUCAGCUCAGGUAUCAUUUGACUUCUCUGCUGAAUCUUGGAGCGCAGUUGUGGACACUGAAUUCAGUAGGACACUGGACAAAGAGGUGGUCAAGAGACAGGAGAUCAUCUAUGAGCUGAUGCAGACAGAGUUUCACCACGUCCAGACUCUCUCUGUUAUGGCUGAUGUUUUGAGGCCAGGACUGUUGGAGGAAGUGCAGCUGGAGCCGGACACAAUUGGUCAGAUUUUCCCCAGGCUGGAUGAGCUCUUAGCUUUGCAUAGAAACUUUCUUAAAGACAUGGAGACCAGACAGUGGUUGUCUAUUCACCCAGGAAGUCACAAGAACUACAUCAUCCGGCAAAUUGGUGAUAUUCUACGUCAACAGUUCUCAGGCCCAAAUGCUUCCCAGAUGAUAGAGUUGUACGGCGACUUCUGCAGUCAUCAUACAGAAGCACUGAAAGUUUAUAAGCAACAACUACAGAGCAACAGGAAACUACAAUUAUUUCUCAGACAGCUGAGUACCAACUCUGUCAUUAAACGUCGUGAAAUCCCAGAAUUCAUUUUGCUUAUUACCCAGAGAAUCACAAAGUACCCUGUUCUGGUAGAGAGACUCCUUCAACACACUGAUGAUGGCAGUGCUGAGCGCUAUGAUAUUGCAGUGUCACUGGAGGGUCUGCGGGGGGUGAUAGAGGAGGUGGAGCGGCGUGUGGGAGAUUAUGAACGUGCAAAGAAACUACAGGACAUCAUAAGUCGUCUAGACAACAAGAGCUGCACUCGUCUGAAGAACGGCGAGAUCUUCGGCAAGCAAGACCUGCAGAAAACACACCGAACUCUCACACACUCUUCAGUGCUGACUUGUAGGACCACCUCUGGCAGACUAAGAGGUCUUACUGCACAUGUUCUUGCGCUGCUCCUCACAGACGUUCUGGCUUUCCUACAAGAGAAAGAGCAGAAGUUUGUCUUUGCCGCACUGGAGCAGAAGCCAUCUGUGAUGCCCUUGCGAAGGCUCAUUGUGAGAGAAAUAGCCAAUCAGGAGAAAGGAUUAUUUCUCAUCAGUGGUGAUUGCUCUGUGGGGCCGGAGAUGUAUGAGAUACACACACAGACUCGUGAGGAGCGUAACACGUGGAUGACGCUGCUGAGGCAGGCCACUGAGAGCCUUCCUGAUGAUCAGACCAAGAAGAAUGAGGGGGAAAUCAAAGUCAAGAAGAUACAGAAAUUACAAGAGGCGCUGUUCUCUCUGGAUCUGCAGCUGUGCUCUGUUAUUGAGGAGAAAUUAAGGAUCUGUAGAGGGACUGGUAGAUGGAGUCUGGCUACUUGCCGUCUUCUUGUUCAUCCCCACCCUGAAAACACUCCUCAGGGUGUCACAUUACUGUCUGACGCACAGGAAGAAGUGGUGAAGCUGGCUAUCACUUUGUUGUCUUGGCUUUUUCCUUGUAUAUGGGCACCAAGUAACCAUGACAGCUUUGACCAGGAAAGAGCAAACUAUAAAGAACAGAAUUUGCCAGUUAGGAGCAGGAGGAGUGCUCUGGUAGGAACAGGGGUGGGGCCUCUUGCAAUAGCCCCGAUAAGCCCUGCCCACCAGACUUAUUUAAAGGUAGCAGAGGGUGUUCACAACUUAAUCCAUAUACUCUACAGUCUGCAGGCUGCUAUAAUAAUCCAAGACAGCUGCUUUGAAGUUCAAAAUCUCCUCCUCCUGGAGGGAGAAGCUCCGCCCCCUAAUCUUACUAGUGAUUAUGAUGUCAAAAGGCAGAGUUUGGAUGGCGGGACUGUGGCUGUGCAGCAGAAAGAACUGGAGCAGAGAGAGAGAGAGCAUGCUGAACUGAUGGACAAACUGGUGAAAGAAGAAGAGCAGUUUGAGGAGGAACUGUGGCUGUUUGAGGAGAAGAUGAGGAAGCUGAGAGAGGAGGAGAAAAGAGUGAAGGAAGAGAGAGAGAGAUUAAAAGAAGAUGGGAAAAAACUGGUGAAAGAGAAGAAGAGUCUGGAGACACAGAUAAGACUCAUUCAACAUGAUUCAAAUCGUUGACAAGGCAUUCUUCACAGGAGAAACGAAGUGCAUUUAUGUGUCUGUAUUAAAGAGGCCAUGUGCACAUUUACAAAGUUUUGCGGUGCGUCACAAUUCGUGUACUUAUGCACUAUUCUAUGAAGUUUUGUAGUAUAAAAAGUGCGAGUAGUGUGAAAAUUUAAAAUAGAAAAAGUACACUUUAAAUACCCAGAUGAUGCACUUAAUGAACCAAAAAAACAUGGAAUUUUGGACACUUCAUGGACUCAACUGUUGCAGCUUUAAUUACGUAGCAGAGGGGGAGGGGCUAACAGACUCUGAUGUUGAAUGACAAAAUAACAUUAUAAAAUUCAUACACUACACAGUUGCGUGCAUAGUGCAUAAGUACAUAGUAUACAGGGCUUGACAUUAACACCCGCCAAAUGCGGGUAGAUUUCAGCUGUGGCAGGUAAGACAGCCAUUCCCACUAGCCACUUUGGCGGGUUGAAUAUAAUUUCAGCCUACAGCCAAAUGAAAGGUAGCCGUCGUAUCAUAAAUUUGCAAUUCAAUCACAAUUCUUGAUCGAUUAACUUGAUGUUAGUGAAGGCGGGAUAGGCGAAAUCGCGAUGAAUGACACACAACUGAAGCGCUCUCUCAUGCGCGUGAUCAGAUCUCCUUGCGCCUGAAUAGUCAAAUACACGCACACAGAGAUGUCAAAAUGCCCAUCGUGUGGAGUAGGCUAUCGUGUGAAUACAGUCGGUUAUGGCUUAAGUGGACGUAAACAGGUGGGCAAGUGUCAGUAUAUUACGUCCAUGCAUUCAGCAGCCCGAUUAAAUACCUGUCAUUAAUGUUAAUCAAGCAACAAAAGAUGUUAAAUAAAUAUAUACAUGUUAAAGGAUUAGUUCACUUCUGAAUGAAAAUUUGCUGAUAAUUUACUCACCCCCAUGUCACCCAAGAUGUUCAUGUCUUUAUUUCUUCAGUCGAAAAGAAAUUAAGGUUUUUGAUGAAAACAUUCCUGGAUUAUUCUCCUUAUAGUGGACUUCAAUGGCCUCCAAACGGUUGAAGGUCAAAAUAACAGUUUCAGUGCAGUUUCAAAGGGCUUUAAAGGAUACCAGACGAGGAAUAAGGGUCUUAUCUAG